CUUCCAAUUUUGCUUAAACCCUAAACCCCAUAGCUGGACAGAAUACUCUGCACGGCCGUCCGUAGAAACUGUGAUCGUUUCUGAAACAAUGGGGUUUUUCGACCUCAAUAUCCCUUACGAAACUUCGCUACCAUCCAAGGCGACGCGGAUGAAGCUUGUAAUCAAGGCCAUGGAGCUCGGCUACAGCGGCGUCGCUUACAAUCGGACGAUGAGAGGCGUGAUGUCCGAUCACGACCGGUGCUCCAUCCCGCUCUUGUCUUUCUCAUCUCUACUAAGUCUCGUUCCUUCUUUAGCCUCAUCUGUCAGUUUCCACCGCGAGCUGCUCGGAGUUUCACAGAACACGCCGUUCCGUCAGUACACUCGUCUGACAGUGUGCGUGGAUAGUCCGGCGCAAGCUCAGGUGCUCAAUAGCGGGAAUCCCAUCUUGAAGAGCUAUGAUGUUGUGGCUGUGAAGCCGACGAAUCAAGUUGCAUUCGAUCAUGCAUGUGAGAAGUCGGAGGUGGACAUUAUUGCUAUUGAUUUCUCCGAGAAGCUGCCAUUCAGGUUGAAGAUGUCAAUGGUUAAGGCUGCGGUGGAGCGUGGGGUUUAUUUUGAGAUCAUAUACUCUGAUCUUAUUGCGGAGAGAAGGCAGAUGAUUCCCAAUGCCAAGUUACUGGUCGAUUGGACGCGGGGCAAAAAUCUAAUUUUUUCCAGUGCUGCUUCUUCUGUAAAUGAAAUUAGAGGGCCUUAUGAUGUUGCAAAUUUAUUAUCAAUGUUGCUUGGCCUAUCUAUGGAACGAGCCAAAGCAGCUAUUUCCAAAAAUUGUAGAAAUCUUCUAACUAAUUCCUUAAGGAAAAGGUACUUCUACAAGGAAGCUAUUAGGGUUGAGCCUUUAUCAAGUGGACAAACAUUUGACUCAAACAACCCCUUUUCCAUGGACUGGCUUAUGUGGGAUCCCAUCUCUAGUGGGGAAGGUGAUUUACAGUUAGAUGAUGUGCCAGUUGCAGUGAAGGCAUCAAAAACCAUGAAAGCAAUUGACUUUGAUUCAAUUAUUGAUAGCACCUCUUCACAUGGUGGAGGCUUUCUGAUGGGUUCCAAGUUCCUUGAAUUAACUCCCGCUUCUGUUGAAGUUCCUGAGAAGCUUGAUGGAGAUCAUCCUUUGACUUGUCAUAUUUCAGAAGCACCAUCACAGCAUCAAAUUUCUGGUUCUGAAAACUCUCAGGAAGCCCGUUUGCCUGAUGCUGAAGCAGCAGCUAUUCAUUCUGAUGAAAUUUGGCGCGCAACAAGCACCGACGGGAAAGAAGCUGCAAUCUUGGAUGGCUUAGAGAACUCAGUUUCUCUAGCUAAAACUGAAGGACAUGAUUCCUCUUUACAACACAUUUCGUCAUCACUAUCAAAUUCUCAAAAUGACGAUUCAGUCUAUCGGAAAUCUGUGAUGCCUAUUGAGGUAUCCGGGAACACAGACUUUCUUUCUCAAAUUGACAAGUGUAUGAAGCCACAAGGCUUUGACGCUGAAGUAGAUACAACUAGUGUUGUUGACCAAGAUGUUGAGGUGAUCUUAGAACCCCAGAAAGAUGCACAGGCUUGCACAAAUCAUUCUGGCACUGAACUGAUGGAAUAUGAAAAUAAUUCAGUUUCAGUUGAGCAUAAGUUAUCUCUCCCUCUCUCAUCCAGCGUCAUUCCUAGGGAUGCUUCACCAACUGCUAAUUAUAGUUCCACUGAAGAUGUUCAAAUGAAGGAGCUAGAUCAAAGAGAAGUCAACAGAGAUAUAAUCCUGCUUUCUGAUGAGGAUGUAAAAGAUGACUCUCAAGUUGCAAGUUUUCUGACCUUCGAGGAGCAGAGUUCUCAAGAACAAAACCAUGGGAAGGCUCAAGGCAAUAAUUUGACCUCAGUGCCAUCUUCUUCAGGAAGAACGAAAGCAAAAUUGAAGAAAACGACAGUGUUACUACCCUUCAAGCGAUUGUUGCAUCCUAUAGCUUUCAAGAAGAAGGGCAAGAGAUCUGAGCACAGAAGGAUGUUGGCAUAAUUGGAAAAUGCUUUCUUUUUUGGCGCCAUGAACACUGGAGCAAAUUUUUUGGAUGCAGCCUGUACAACUGUAAGAUUGCGGUACAGGUAAAACGAAAUCUCCCUGUAUGCACUGUUCUCAUUCAUUUAUUAAAGCUGACAAAAAAGGGUUCAUCUAGCCAAUAGAUUCUCGACACAAGAUUGUAUGGAAUAUCGAACUCGGCUAUAUUGCAUUCACGAAACAGGAACAGUAGUGCCCAUGAAACCCUUUGAUACUCAAAGAUUCGUAGUGGAUUUUGUCCUUUGAGAACAGUAUUUCUGAAAGGAGGGCAUAUUCUCCCAUUAGCAUGGUGCAUAGACAGAUGAUCUUGUCCCUACAUGUUACUGCUUCUCAUGUGAUCCAUUAUACUGAGAAAGGGAAAGGGGAUCUACUUCCGAUUGUGGCUUUGCUUCCUUUCCUUUUUUCUCGAACACUGUUCAUAGAAGUGAUUCAAUUAGCUCCCUUUGGUUUCUUUAACCACUAGCUUCAUCAUUGAGUUGGCUUCCUUUUCCCACUUGCUAGGGGCUGCUAGUUAUUAUACUCUUGUUUGUGGUUGAUCGCUUUUUAGCCGUACUUGGUCUUUUGAUAGAUGCCGCUUUCUGUUCUAUUGUAUAUACUAUAUACAUACUUCUUCUCUACUGCACC